GCCUGGAGCUUAUCCCAGGGGACUCUGGGCACAAGUCAGGGGACACCCUGGACGGGGUGCCAACCCAUUGCAGGGCACAAUCACAUUCAUACUCCUACACCCAUUCACAUACUAUGGAAAUGCCAGUCAGCGCAUGUCUUUGGAUUGGGGGCGGAAACUGGAAUACCUGGAGGAAACCCCCCAUGCACUGUGAGAACAAACUCUGUGCACACAGAUGGGCGGAGAUGGGAUUCAAGCCCCCAACCCUGGAGGUGCGAGGCAAACAUGCUAACCAUUAAGUCACCAUGCCCACCUAAAGUGGAAGUCAUUUUUAAUAAAUGAAAUUAUUUAUUAAAUGCUGGAUUUUCAUACUUCAUCUUUGUCACCAUUUUGUAAAAGCAAUAUUUUGAUAGUGAUAAUGAAUAAGUGCUUAUUGCUUAUUUUUCCAUCGAAAUCCUGUGUGUUAAAAACAUAGAAACAUGUCCCGGUUGACAAUAUUUUUUUCAAAAAUAACUUGUUUCUGAAUGUGCGCUUCUUUUCUGCAUUUGCUGUCCUGUUUUCUGAAUUUGUUGUGUCUUUCAUUUUAUUGUUUGGUUAAUGUGCUGACCACAGUAAUAUUUUCUCCAUUGUCCUGGCUGCUUACAAGCCAAGGAUAACAUAUCUUCUUACAAGAUAAGAUCUGCCUUCACUGGAGGGUCAGAAAUGCACUCAUAUAUUAUGGUAUUUUGUGCAAAAAUAGUUUUAGCAAGUAUCAUUUGUCGCGAGCACAGAACAACAAAGAAUAUAGGACACAGGAAAAAUUGUCCUGUCCAAGGUGACAUGGGAUAGUUUUUUUUUUUUUUUUUUUAAAGAGCUUUUAGCUCAUGCUGCAUUAUUUUGCAACUGGUGUGUCUGGUUUCAACGGGUGCAUGCAGACGAGUAGCAGGGAGGAGAGAGUCGUGUUGAUCAAAUGCAGAACAGGUUAGAUGAGUCCAGGUGAGGCAGGAAGCAGUUUAGGGUAAUUUCUUGACUUCAGAGAAGUAAAUGUGUUCCGUGUUCACUAUAUGGCAAGCUAUUAGCUAGAAUAUUCUCCUGUCAAAGACACACACAGAGACAGAGGAUAUUACACACAAGGAUCUCAUCUCAGCUCAGCUUUUGAAGGUGAAGACAUGGCAUACACGAAAGCACAUGCCAGUCAUGGUAGCUCCAUGCACCUUCAGGUCCUUGAAUGUGAGGAUCAGCUAGCCACUCUUGAUCUAGAGUGGGAGAUGGAAAAGGAGUUGGUAGAGCCCGGGAUGGACAACUUACAACUAGAGUAUGCAGACUCACAAACUUUAGGCAACUCACCUACUGGUGAAAUUAAUCCAGACCAAGAGUUCAUCCAGCCCUCUGUUUCCCCCCAUGGACGGUUUGAGCGACUACAAGAGGAUCCCAACUACUUGCAAUACAGCGGGACUGUUCCCAAGGCGCACAAGAUGAGUGCUACCUGCAUUGUCAAGUACCUGCUGCUUGGGACAGGAGCCUUCUUUCUGGGACUCCUCAUUGGUUUACAUGCUAAGCGAACUGAGGAGCAGCCGACCACGCCCACCGCAAGCACAGAUAUGCUGGAAAAGGUUAUGCAAGACAUAACUGCAGAAAAGAUCCAGGCAAUAAAAAGGGAAUUUGAUUCCUUAUCCAGACUCGGUGAGGAAGCCUGGGUGAAGUAUCUCGCCCAACGCUGGGAGGAGUUUGGUCUGAAGAACAUCCAACUGAUCAAUUACACCGUCCUCAUCAGCUCUCCUGGAUCCUUACCGAAUACCAUCACUGAUAUAGCAAAUAAGCGGUGCUUCCUGCCCAGUGGAGCGAGCUGUGACACAAAGGCCCACUUAUCCAUUAAUGAGUCCUUUGCCUUUGCAGCCUACUCAUCUGUGGGAAGUCUAGAGGGAGAAUUGGUGGAUGUACAGUAUGGAAGUUCUGAAGAUUUGAGACUAAUCCAAAAUGAGAAGAACGUGACCAAUAAAAUAGCACUGCUUAAAAUUGGACCAGUACCUUUACUCAACACGAGGGGCCUGGGCCUGGGUCCAGAUAAUCUCAAGAAAUAA